AUGUCGGACGAUAACUUACAAGUCGAUUCCUUUGUUAGAAGACCCGGUCUGGGACGGGAGGGACGAUCAACAAGAGUCCGUGCAAAUUUUUUUGCCGUUGAUACUUUUACGGACGCAAGCAUCGUCCACUAUGACGUUAUCAUAACACCGGACGUUCCUCCCGCGUUAAAUAAAAGGGUCUUUCAGGAAUUUGAGGAGUUACACCGCGCGGAUGCUCUUGGAGGUAUAAGGCCGGUUUAUGACGGGAAAAAAAAUAUGUUUGUUCCAAAAAUGUUACAGUUUGGUGGUGCCGGUACCUUCGAUGUAACGUUACCUGAAGAAGGCCCCGUUACUGUAAAACGUCAGCCUAACGCUUUUAAGGUAAAGUUACGAAUGUCCGGAGACAUUAAUAUGGCAGAACUUCAUCAAUUCCUUAAUGGAAGGGGUCCCUUGACCAACAAUUGUUUAACUGGUAUUAUGGCCCUUGACGUUCUCGUCCGUUAUCGACCUUCAUUAAGGUACACAACCGUUGGUCGAUCUUUCUACACGCAUCAGGGGGCUCGACCCAUAUCUGGAGGCGCAGAAGUUUGGCAGGGAUAUUAUCAAUCGGCUCGUCCGACUAAGGGUCGAAUGAUGAUCAAUAUCGACUUGAGUGCUACCGCCUUCUUCGAAGGUGGACCGUUGAUACAAUUGAUCGUGAAAAUAUUGGGUCGUCGAAACCCUGACGACUUCAGAAGAGGCUUAAUCGAUAAAGACAGGCAAAAGGUUGAGAGGGCCAUCAAGGGUCUAAAAAUUAGAGUGAUUCAUCGUGGAGAUAUUAAACGUAAAUAUAAGAUCGAAAAGAUCACACCAACGCCUGCUUCCAAUACCAGAUUUGAAGCUAAUGGUACCGAGAUCGACGUUGCCACGUAUUUUCAUGAUACGUACCACAAGAGGCUCAAUUUCGCACAUCUUCCUUGCAUUGUCGUAAGGAGAGGUGUGUGUCUUCCAAUGGAGGUUUGCGAAGUUGUGGAGGGACAGCGUCAUGUACGAAAACUUAACAAAGAUCAGGUCCAGGACAUGAUCAAAUUCACGUGCCAACCUCCGAAUAUGCGUGCUAAUAAAAUCCGACAAGGUUUAGACAUCCUUGAUUAUCGCGGGAAUGAAUACUUGCAACAAUUCGGGAUGAGAAUUUCGAACGAAAUGGCUGUGGUGCAAGCGCGUAUACUUCCCACGCCAACCAUCCAAUACCAUCCAUCCAGCCGUGAUCACGAAUUCAAGCCACGUGAGGGGGCCUGGAAUCUUCGAGAUAAGAAAGUAGCAACUGGUGCUACUCUUGGUUCCUGGUCCGUAUUGGCCUUUGGAAGUGAACGAGAUCUUCCACCGCAAGCCAUUCAGGCGUUCGUUAGGGAAUUGGUUAAUACCUGUCAAGAUACUGGAAUGAACAUUCCGAAUAAGACUCCCCCUAUAAUGCACGCGAAUCCCUUGGGUAACAUUGAAGAAAGUCUUAAACAAUCCUGGUUGAAAGCCGGUAACACCGCUAAGGCGCAACCUCAAUUAAUCCUCUGCAUAUUACCGAAUACUGGUGUACCAUUGUACGCCGAGAUUAAAAGGGUUAGCGACACUGUUAUCGGAGUCGCAUCACAAUGUGUACAAAUGCGCCAUAUGUUGCAGGCAAAGAAGCAAUACUGCGCAAACGUUUGUUUAAAAAUGAACGUUAAAUUAGGGGGAAUGAAUUCAUUCUUGAACCCUACUCAGAUUCCAUUUAUUACAGAAAGGCCGACUAUCCUGAUGGGUGCUGAUGUUACGCAUCCCGCUCCUGGCGACACUGAGCGUCCCUCAAUCGCGGCUCUUUGCGCAUCCAUGGAUGCGAAGGCAUCUAGAUAUGCCGCAUCAAUUCGAGUCCAAGCUGGACGAACGGAAAUUAUCGCUGAUUUAGCAAAUAUGGUCAAAGAGUUGCUAAAAACCUUCUAUCAAACGUGUGGCAGAAAACCCGAUCGGGUUCUGUUUUAUCGUGACGGUGUCUCCGAAGGUCAAUUUGGAGCUGUCUUAAAGGAGGAAAUUAAUGCAGUGAGAGCUGCGUGUCAGGCUCUGGACAUUACUUAUAAGCCAACCAUAACGUUUGUUGUUGUGCAAAAACGUCAUCACACACGAUUUUUCCCGUUAGAAAAGGGAGAUUCAGAUCGGUCCGGCAACUGUGCACCUGGAACAGUGGUAGAGUCGGAAAUUACACACCCGUUUGAGUUUGACUUUUAUCUGCAGAGUCAUGCUGGAUUGCAAGGCACAUCUAGGCCGACACAUUACCAUGUUCUAUAUGACGAAAAUUCCUUUAACGCUGAUAUGCUCCAAACUUUAUCCUACAACCUGUGUUAUCUGUAUGCACGCUGUACUCGUGCUGUAUCAUUGGUCCCUCCGGUGUAUUAUGCACAUUUAGUUUGUAGUCGAGCGAAGUUCCAUUCUCGUGGUGAGCAUUGGAGCGACACCGAGUCAUCAGAAGAAGGUACAGGUGCCGCUUCUACCUUUGGGGUAGUUAAACCCGAAUUACAGAGA